AUCAGAAGGGCUUCGGCAGCCGCAGGUCGAACAGUGCAGUUGUGCCCGGUGCAGCGUCAGUUAAUAUGUGCAAUCGGAUGUGCGCGUACGUGCAACGGUUGGCACUGCUCGGGUUCUGCAUCGUGGCUUUCAGCGUGUUCUGGUGGUGCUUCUUCUGCAGCAUCUACGUCGUGAUGUUUGGCGAUGCGUUAGCGACCACUGGAUCGGCAGCUGAUCGCGCUAACGCUCAACACACUGCCCGGGUAGGCAUGAUGGCCAGCUCCGACGAUGGUCACUUUAGUUCGUCGUGGGCUUAAGUGUGUCCCCAAAGAGGAAGCUAGUCUAGCUCUCGAUAGCGCAUCGUGAUUAAGUGCAACGGUCGUUCGUUGGUGUUACUGUGUACACAAAAAGCAACUGAAGAACAAAAAGAAAAAAAAAAACGGGAAGCAACAAACGGAACGAUAUAAGCAUCAACCGGCGGACGCGACAAGUGCCAAAAGUGUGGAGUAAGUGUGUGGUUAAAAGCGACCAAAACGACUGAUGCCGCGAUACGUUAGUUGAUCCUCGGCCGUUUUUUUUUGUUGCUGAAAUUUCAGCCCAAAAGGAAUGAUCAAACGAACGCACGGAACAGCAAAGGAGGAAUAGCAAGCAAAUGAAGUUAUUAGGAGGAAAAUAAUAAUCAUCGUCGUGCUACCCGGCGCCAGCGCGAGAGGAAUGAUUGGUUGCGGCCAAAUCAAGGGAGAGUUGGAGUGAGUGGUCUUUUGAUGUGUGUGUGUGUGAGUGUUUUUAUGUUAUCAACGAAAUGGAGAAUUCGGUGCAUUAAGCUGUAUGUUAAAGUGUUGCUCACAGGUAUAAAUGUUUACAACAAAGGUUGGAAUGGUUUGAGGGCAAAGUUGUUUAAAGUGUUAUUGAAUGAAUAUUGCAUCGCUGUGGUACUUUGUAACAGAAACAUCUAAAGUGGUUAGACUUUUCUACCGGACAGAGGCCGGUUAAGAGGAGAUUGAAGCAUUUCCGGUGUAUCCCGGAGUCAGUUGCUCUUCACGAAAGCUCUUCGUUGUGAUUGAUUUGUUGUAAAGAUUGCUAGAAAUGAAUAAUGUUCACCAAAUACAGCACUAACGAUAAGGAUGACGAUUUCAAGCUUACAAAUAGCAGCAACAAUUCAAACCCAGUCUAUAGUACUCACCAAAAUAUUACCGCUCCGAUUGAUAUCGAAACCAACCCUGGUUUUGAGCAACUUACUGGUGCCAGGAAGACAGUACUACAUUUGAGUUCUCUAAGCGCCUGGAGCUUAGAAACAGAAAGUCUCUCCAUGAUCGACGACGAAAUGCAAGUGAUCGACACGAUCGAUCAAAGCUACUGGAAUGGAAAGUUUGUCCCACCGCCGCCGAGGCCUCCGUUUCUGGAGGAAUCGAUUGCUCCAGACGGUUUAACCACGUGCGAUCUUUGCUCGUGGGCCUGGCAAGAUAAGGGGUCACUGUCACUUGAUGGCGCAAUAAAGGAAAUUUUCACUUCAUCGGACACGAAGGAAUUUAAUUGGACAUUUGCGCUGAUAGUGGUUUCGCUGACGUCGGCUUUUCUCGGUGCCAUAAUAAUGAUAGUAUUUCUUAGAUGUAAACGGAUUCGUACCAAUCCGCACGGACUCCGUACAUUGUGUUUUGAUUCUAGCAGUACAAAGGAUACCAGUGGGUUAAAUUUUGAUAAUCAAACAUCGAAAAACUCAACCAAUGGGUCAUGUAGCCCUCGUAGUACAAAUUCCGGAUUGUGGACGUGGUUCAGCAGUCGCAAGAAUCUGUCAACGCCGGAUCAGCUGGUAAACUCGCAUACGCUACCGGUGGAGAAUCACUACACGCACAUGGAUGACAAUAACUACAAUCCCGUGCAGAUCGACGAAGCAUCGUAUGCUGAAGUGGGAAACGAAAUUGGUCCCUCAGAAACUACCUCCUACAAAUCAGGCUCCGUACAACAUGGUACAGACAACGACAUUCUAAUCAUGAACUGCCCACUGCCAGCAAUACCGACCGGAUCGCACAGUGCUAGCGGAGGGGCUAGCGGGUCCGGCAGUGCGUACUACUCUGGGCUGCUCAAUAAUGCCAAUAUGACCAGAGCGGAGGAUGAAGACGAGCGUCCAUACGAGAUAGUUGAUCUGAAGGAGAUGUCAUCACCUCACAAAAACCACAAUGUCCAAAGCCAUUUUUUGAACGAAACGAACAACCUACUAACGAUUGAGAAGCACUCAGAAACGCUACCAGAAGGAACUAUCAGCGCUUCUGAUUACGUUUGAUAGUGCAAGUGAAUGUCAACUUGGAAAGAGAUUAUUACACACGAUUCAUUUAGGAUGAUUAUUUAUGCUUAGUUGUGCAUAUCAAAAGUGUGUGUGUGUGAAUGGAAAUGUAUUUAUUUGACUGAUGUUGACCAUUCAACGAAUCGAUAAUGUGGACAAUGAUCAUACUGCGUAGGUUUUCCAACCAACUUUUGGAUCUUUUUAGGUAUUUUUUAUGCUAUCAUAUGAAGAGGUAGUAAAGUAAAGAACCAUUGACUGCGCAAGAACCAUUCCGCCGAUUAGAGUCAUUAGCAAGUCAUUAAGUGUAGAACAUGUAGUGCAAAAAGAAACAAAUUACAGGACCAUACUUACUUACUGAUAUGGCAUUUAUGUGAUGUCGUUAGAUUUUAACAUUAAACAGACUGUCCACGUUUUAUGUGUGCCCGUGUGCCUAUUUGUAAGUGUGUGUGUGUGUUUUUGAUCCCGAACCGUAGUAGCCUUGGUGAUAUUAACUAGAGUUUAAACAUUCGUAUUAGGUCAACCCGUAAUUUUAAAGACAAAAUAAAACAAGCUGGAAAUUUUGGAACAAAAGCCUCCCCUCCCAUCCUGAAAGUACCUUUAGCGGUUAAAUGGUUUUCUUGUAAAACAACUAGUCGUAAGUGUUAGUGCAGUGCAGUUAUCAUUCAAAGUCCAAGCUCUCAUACGACACACAUAAUCAUCAUUAUCAUGUGAACAAUAAACAUUUCAUAAAGAUAACUUGGUAGAGACUUGAUUAGCAUUGUAGGAGUAGACUAUGUGAAUGGUUUAUCCGUCAUUUUAGUCGGGGUUUUGUAAACAUUUUUAACACCAUCGCAUGCUUCGAAGCAAAUUUACAAAGGAAAUAAAAGCUCAAGAAAAUUUCCAUCC